AUGGCUACAGAGAACGAAUACGAUCGGGACAUUGUUCUUACUAUACUCAAACUAUACCAGCUUAAUCCAGACAAAUUUGAUGAAAGCGUGGUUCGCUUGGUUCUUCUGAAAACGUUGAUGGUUUUGCCGGGAAGCGACUUUGCACUUGCGAAGUGCCUCAUCGAUUCAAACCGAUUAGGAUCACAGGAACUGAAGCGAGUUCUGGAUCUUGGAAGCGUACUUGAGGCUUGUGAUUUCGCCGUUUUCUGGUCACUCAUGAAAGGAGAAUAUAAGCCAAGCACAGACAUUACUGAACCUUUCAAAAUUCCACAAGAAGUACCUCGUAUGGUCAAAGCUGUAGCUGGUUUCGAAGAAGCAGUCCGUAUUUAUGCCUGCAGAGUAAUCAGUGUAACAUUCCAAAACAUUGAGAAAUCGGUUCUGAGCCGGUUACUUGGCGGUGCCACAGACAAGCAGGUUGCUGGAUAUGCAAAGAAGUUUGGAUGGGAAGAAAAGCCGGAUGGUAUCUAUUUCAUCGCAAAUCAUGAAGCAACAAUCCGCACUAGGAACAUUGACGAGAAAUUGCAAUUUACCAGUGCGUUUUGUUUCUUUUCUUUUUUGUAA